AUGUCGAGUUCUGGAUUGCAAAGACGGAGAGGUGGUAACAAGCAAGCCGCUUCGAAAGGGAGAAGCUCCAAUUCAUUUGAAGAAGACAGGGUCCCGGCUCAAGCUGACUCUGACGUUAAAGUCGGCUACGACGACCGCGACAUUAAGGACCCGAAAGAAGUGAAAAUUCCUUUACUUACACUCAUGGAGGAAGUGCUUUUAAUGGGAUUGAAAGACAAGGAGGGAUACUUGUCCUUUUGGAAUGAUAACAUAUCUUACGCAUUGAGGGGGUGUAUAUUGUUGGAGUUGGCCUUCAGGAAUAAAAUAACCUUGGUCAAUGACCCAGCCAGACGCAGAUUCGAGUUGAGUGAUAGGCUUGUGGAAGUUAUUGACGAUGAGCCAACUGGGGAAGUUUUGUUAGAUGAAGCACUCAAGAUUAUGAAAGGAGAUGAGUCAAACCUAUCAGUCACAAAUUGGAUUGAUUUGUUGAGUGGGGAGACUUGGAAUUUGAUGAAAAUCAACUACCAGUUGAAGCAAGUGAGGGAGAGGUUGGCAAAAGGUUUAGUGGAUAAGGGAAUCUUGAGGACAGAGAGAAAGAACUUUUUUUUAUUCGAUAUGGCUACCCAUCCUGUUGCCGACAAGUUAUCGAAGGAGUACAUCAAAAACAGAAUAUUAUCUUUACUCAUACUGAGAAAUGUCGAUCUCGACUCGGUUGCUAAUGACCAAUUUCCUAAAGAUACUUCCCUCAGAUACUUGCGAACCAUAUCCUUAGUGUGUGGGUCAUAUGCCGCAAACGUAUUGGAGAAUGUUUUGUUGUCGUUAGGCUAUGACAAAAGAGACCAAGCUUUUGCAAGAGCAGAUGAGCUUUUAGCAGAUUUUAGUGAAUUCCCCUUCAAUUUAUCACAUCAGAGUACCUUGGGGCUAGGGCUCAACUUGGGUCAAGAAGUGAGUAACGAGAUUUCGGAGUCCUCCGCAACUGAGUUGCAAUUGGAAUUGGUCGCCGCAGUUUUGAGUGUUUUUGCAAGAAUGGACUCGAUUCUUUAG